AUGCCAGUCAGGAAUUUGACCUUGAUCACAGAGAUCCGUCUUCUAGGAUUUCAGAGCUUCCACCAGCUCAACGGUUUGCUCUUCAUUUUAUUUUUUCUGAUUUACUACGUGACAAUGAGUGGGAACAUGAUCAUAAUUCUCCUAGUAACUCGUAGCCGGAGACUCCAGUCUCCAAUGUACUUCUUCCUCACCCAGCUCUCCUUAUCGGACUCCUUGAUGGCCACCAGUAUAACACCCAAUACACUGUAUGUAGUCAUGAACCAUGAUGCCACCAUCACUUUUACUGGCUGCCUGGCCCAGUUUUAUUUCUUCAGUGCCUCGCUGGCCUUGGAGUCCCUCCUUCUUACUGGGAUGUCCUAUGACAGAUAUCUGGCCAUUUGUAACCCAUUGCGUUAUACCAGUAUCAUGGACUACUUGUUUUGCAUAAAGUUUAUUGCAUGCUCCUGGAUUUUGAGUUUUUCGGUGAUAUUAAAUCAUGUCCUAGCCAUCUGUAGUUUAGAAUUUUGUGGACCCAAUGUCAUUGACCAUUACUUUUGUGAUCUUUCUCCUCUGCUUGAGCUCUCUUGCUCAGACACCUUUAUAGUACAGGUAGAAGUCACCUUAUUGGUCAUCCCUAUGGCUCUCUGCCAAUUCCUUUUAGUCAUUGUGUCAUAUUCGUAUAUCAUAUUUACCAUCUUAAGAAUCCCAUCGGUCACUGGUAGACAGAAGGCUUUCUCCACUUGCAGUUCCCACCUGACAAUAGUGUCCAUGUAUUACGGGACCCUUCUCUGUACAUAUCUUGUUCCAACACGAGGACCAUCAUUAACGGCAAGCAAAGCGUUGUCUCUGCUGUAUACUAUGGUAAUUCCCUGCAUGAAUCCUAUCAUAUAUAGUUUGAGGAAUAAAGAUAUAAAGGAAGCCUUCUACAAAUUAAAUUUGCUGAUGAGGUGA